AUGACUACCUCUUCUUACUGUUUUUCUUCCACUAGAAACCCAAUCACACAUUCAAAUUUCUUGUUUCUUAACUCCAAUCUUUAUCUACCAAAACACAGAAAUCACUCUGUUUUCACUUAUGAACCCAAGAAAGAUUUCAUUCUGAAAAUACCCAAAUCCUCUGUUUCACUUCUGAACCCCAAACACUACCAUAAACCCAUACACCCUUUUGCUUCUUUAUCCUCUUUCGCCGAAAACCAAGAUGGCGAAGAAGGGUCUGAAUCGAGUCAGACUCAAGAAACUGUUAAAGAAGAAGGUGAUCUGCCUGGUAUGGCUCAGGCUUUUCACAUAUCUUCUAGCACAGCUUCUGCUAUUUCUAUUUGUAUAGCUGUGGCAGCUUUGGCUUUACCAUUCUUUAUGAAGUCUUUGGCUCAAGGGAUGGGUUUAAAGAUUAAAUUGUUGUCAUAUGCUACCCUUUUGUUUGGGUUUUUUAUGGCUUGGAAUAUUGGGGCUAACGAUGUGGCGAAUGCCAUGGGGACGUCAGUUGGGUCGGGCGCUUUGUCACUCCGGCAGGCGGUGCUGACAGCCGCGGUGUUGGAAUUUUCGGGGGCGUUGUUGAUGGGAAGACAUGUGACUAGCACAAUGCAGAAAGGGAUUCUUGUUGCUAAUGUUUUUCAAGGGAAGGAUACUCUGCUUUUUGCGGGUUUGUUAUCAUCCUUGGCGGCUGCUGGUACUUGGUUACAGGUUGCAUCAUUUUAUGGUUGGCCCGUCUCGACUACACAUUGUAUUGUAGGAUCCAUGGUUGGGUUUGGACUCGUCUACGGAGGACCUGGUGCAGUUUUCUGGAGCUCAAUAGCGAGGGUGACGUCAUCUUGGGUUAUAUCCCCUGUUGUGGGUGCAGCCGUCUCCUUCCUCGUGUACAAAUGCAUUCGAAGGUUUGUUUACAGUGCUCCGAACCCAGGACAAGCAGCAGCUGCAGCGGCACCAAUUGCGGUUUUCGUGGGUGUCACCGCAAUAACUUUGGCCGCUUUUCCUCUUAGUACGACACUCCCUAUAGCAAUUGCCCAAUCUUUAGGAUGUGGUGUGCUAGGUGCGUUCAUAGUCAACAACAUCAUCCGCAAACAGCUCGGCCACCUCCUAGCCAAGUCAAAGUCGACACAACAAGAGCCACACGAAGAGCUAAAUCCUAAAGGUAUCGGGUUUCUAUCAGAUAUCGCGGGCCCUACAGGCACUCAACUUGAGAUAGUUUACGGUGUGUUUGGGUACAUGCAGAUUUUAUCCGCCUGCUUCAUGUCAUUUGCCCAUGGUGGAAAUGACGUCUCAAAUGCCAUAGGCCCUUUGGCUGCAGCUCUUUCUAUAUUACAAGGGGCGGCCACCGGGGGCGAAAUUGUUAUUCCUAUGGAUGUUCUUGCUUGGGGCGGAUUUGGGAUUGUUGCGGGGCUUAUGAUGUGGGGGUAUAGAGUGAUAGCUACAAUUGGUAAAAAGAUCACGGAGUUAACUCCUACAAGAGGAUUUGCAGCCGAAUUUGCCGCUGCUUCUGUUGUACUAUUCGCAUCAAAGCUUGGACUACCUAUCUCGGCUACUCAUACCCUAGUCGGUGCGGUUAUGGGAGUCGGGUUUGCUAGAGGGCUUAAUAGUGUGAGAGCAGAAACCGUGAGGGAAAUUGUUACUUCAUGGGUAGUAACGAUUCCGGUUGGUGCCAUUUUUGCUGUGAUCUACACAUGGAUCUUGACCAGGUUCUUGGCACAUAUUUUUUGAGUGUAAGUCGAAAAAGAUUCGAAUUCGAACCAUUUGGAGGCUCUAUAAAACGCUAAUCACUCAUCUUUUAUUUGAUAUGAUCAAAGAUUACCUCAAAUUGGAA